GCAUGCGGGGCAGUGCGGGGUUUGUCAGGCAGCAGAAAGCUGGAGGCAGAGAGCGGAUUUCAAGAAGGGAAAGGCUUCCUGGUGGAGGAGAAGGACCUGAGAAGGGAGCGACACGGUGUUGCGUGACACAUGGCUGCCUGCUGGCUGUGACUGCGGCUCCACGCGGACAGGGAGAGGCUCUGCGGUGGGAGGCAGACAGCAGGGAUCUGGUCUCCCAGCAUUAGCGCUGCCGAGGAUUAGUGGCCCUGCCGAGCCGCCGUAGCGAUGGGAGAGAACGUGUCCAAGCGGCUAAAGUUGAUAUCGGCUACGGAAGCAGAGAUGGAGGAGCGCUCCUUCCAUAACCAGUUUGCUGACUGGGAGGCUGGACUGGCUGCCUGCAGCACUGCAGCUCAGCUGGAUCAUAACGACCCGUUUGACGCGGAAGGAAACGUUAAUGCAGCUUUUCAAAAGAAGGUGCAGAGUAAGAUCAAAGAUCUCCUCCAGCAGAUGGAGGAGGGCCUGAAGACUGCCAACCCCCAUGACUUCUCCACAUAUACCGGCUGGACAGGCAUUGCCUUGCUGUACCUUCAGCUGUAUCGUGUCUCCGCCGAGGCCUCCCACCUGCAGAGGGCGCUGGACUAUGUGAAGAGGGCCAUGAGGAUCCUGAACGGCCGCAAAGUGACUUUCCUUUGUGGCGACGCAGGGCCCCUGGCCGUUGGCGCCGUGGUCCACCACAAACUGAACAACAUCGAGGAGAGGAAAGAGUGUGUGUCGCGCCUCCUUCAGCUGCAGCACUCAGUCCUGACUCCAGAUGCUGAGAUGCCAGACGAACUGCUGUACGGUCGAGCUGGAUACCUUUAUGCUCUGCUCUAUGUCAACAAAGAAGUUGGAGCUGACACAGUGGAUAAUGACACAAUUACAAAGGUGGUGACGGCCAUCGUGGAGUCAGGGAAGAACAUGUCGGCGGCGGAGAAGAAGACGGAUCGCUGUCCACUCCUCUAUGAAUGGCACAAGAAGCAGUACAUCGGCGCAGCCCACGGCCUCGCUGGCAUCUAUUACAUGCUGAUGCAGCCCGGAGCCAUGGUCCCCCCCACCAUGCUGGCAGAGCUGGUUCGGCCGAGCAUCGACUACGUCCGCCACAGGAGGUUUCGAUCGGGGAACUUCCCUUCGUCUUUGAGCAACGAGAGCGACCGUCUGGUUCAUUGGUGUCACGGCGCUCCUGGAGUCAUCCACAUGCUCGUCAUGGCCUACAAGGUGUUCAAAGAGGAGAAAUACCUGAAGGAGGCAGCAGACUGCGCUGAGGUCAUCUGGCAGCGGGGCUUACUAAGAAAAGGCUACGGUAUUUGUCAUGGCACCGCUGGCAACGGCUACGCCUUCCUGACGCUGUACAAGCUCACCCAGGAGAAGAAGUACCUGUAUCGAGCGUGCAAGUUUGCCGAGUGGUGCUUGGACUAUGGGACUCAUGGAUGUCGCAUCCCGGACAGACCGUACUCUCUGUUUGAAGGAAUGGCAGGAACCAUCCACUACCUAUCGGAGAUGGCCAACCCUGAAGCAGCCAGCUUCCCUGCCUUUGAACUUUAACCCAGGAAGGAGGCUGAGGAUCAGGAGGAGCUGAGACAGCAGACAAGACGGGAUGCGGACAUGUUUGUUGUUGCUGGAUGUGUUUCUGACAGACCAAGGCUGGUUCCACUGCAGGAUGAGUGUUGA